AAUGCGUGGGCUACGUCCGACGCUAUUCCUGAAAGUUCACAUGCUAGUUUUACUGCGGCUACACCUCCUGUGUGAACGGCGCCUGCGUCAUAAACGUGUUGACCGACGAAGUUUGGUGAAGUUCUCAUUGCGCUUCUUCUCUUCUUGUUGUCAGGCGGUGAAAGAGCGGCAGGUCCCAGCAUCACGGAGCAACACACUUCCUACAAAAAGAUGUCCGCUCAAAUUAUAAGUGGGAAAGAGGUUUCUGCGCAGGUGAGGCAGCGUCUGAAGGAUGAUGUGGCGCAGAUGAAGCUUCAGGACCCCAACUUCAGUCCUGGUUUGGUGGUUUUACAGGUUGGAGACCGUGAUGAUUCAAAUCUGUACAUCAGCAUGAAGUUGAAGGCAGCAGCAGAGAUUGGAAUAAAUGCCACACAUAUGAAACUUCCCAAGACGGCAACAGAGGAGGAGGUUCUUCACAAAAUCACAGCGGUGAAUGAGAACUCGUCCAUCCAUGGCCUCAUUGUGCAGCUGCCCUUAGACUCCAUCCACAAGAUGGACACAGAGAAGGUCACCAAUGCCGUGGACCCAGAGAAGGACGUAGACGGGCUAACCAGCAUAAAUGCAGGGAAGCUGUCUCGGGGGGACCUGGGCGACUGCUUCAUCCCCUGCACACCAAAUGGCUGCAUGGAGUUGAUCAGACAAACUGGUGUGUCCGUGGCAGGGAAGAGAGCUGUAGUGAUUGGCCGCAGUAAGAUCGUGGGAGCGCCGAUGCAUGACCUGCUGCUGUGGAACCACGCCACCGUCACCACCUGCCACUCUAAAACAACCGAUCUCCCUGAAGAGGUGAGAAAGGCAGACAUUUUGGUUGUUGGCAUCGGCCGAGCAGAGAUGGUGAAAGGAGAGUGGAUCAAGCCGGGAGCAGUCGUCAUCGACUGUGGCAUCAACCACGUUCCAGAUGAGACAAGACCCAGUGGGAAGCGGGUGGUAGGUGACGUCCACUAUUCCUCAGCUAAGGAGCAGGCUGGCUUCAUCACUCCUGUGCCUGGUGGAGUAGGACCCAUGACUGUGGCCAUGCUGAUGGCGAACACAGUGCUGAGUGCAAAGCGCUUCCUGGAGGGACAUCAACCAGGAAAAUGGAACAUUUCUCUCACCAAACUCAAUCUGCAGAAACCGGUGCCAAGCGACAUUCUGAUCUCUCGCUCCUGUGUGCCCAAGCCCAUUGACCGUCUGGCCAAAGAGGUGGGCCUUCUCUCUGAUGAGGUGGAGCUCUAUGGCAAGACUAAGGCCAAGGUCCAGCUGAAUAUCUUCAAACGCCUGCAGGCUCAACCAGACGGCAAAUAUGUGGUUGUCACUGGCAUUACACCGACCCCUCUGGGUGAGGGAAAGAGCACCACCACCAUCGGCCUUGUGCAGGCCCUGGGAGCCCACAUGAACCUCAAUGUUUUCGCAUGUGUGCGACAACCCUCUCAGGGACCCACCUUUGGCAUAAAAGGGGGUGCUGCAGGAGGUGGAUAUUCACAAGUCAUCCCAAUGGAAGAGUUCAACCUCCAUCUCACUGGUGACAUUCACGCCAUCACAGCUUCCAACAACUUGGUAGCUGCUGCCAUCGACGCUCGCAUUUUCCACGAGGCCACACAAACUGACAAGGCUCUGUACAACCGCUUGGUCCCACUUAGUGGAGGACAGAGGAAGUUCUCCCCCAUCCAGAUCAACAGGCUGAAGAAACUGGGCAUAGACAAGACGGAUCCCUCCACUCUGACUGAGGAAGAGAUCACCCACUUUGCCCGUCUGGACAUGGAGCCUAGCUCUGUCACCUGGCAGAGAGUGUUGGAUACCAAUGAUCGAUUCCUGAGGAAGAUCACCAUUGGCCAGUCACCAACUGAAAAGGGAUUCACAAGAGAGGCCCAGUUCGAAAUCACGGUGGCGAGUGAAAUCAUGGCCGUGCUUGCCCUCACCAGCAGCCUGGAGGACAUGCGUCAGCGUUUGGCAAAGAUGGUGGUGGCCACCAGCCGCAGUGGACAGCCUAUCACCACAGAGGACCUGGGUGUGAGUGGUGCUCUGACUGUGCUGAUGAAAGAUGCAAUAAAGCCAAACCUGAUGCAGACUUUGGAGGGAACUCCUGUGUUUGUACAUGCGGGCCCCUUCGCCAACAUCGCCCACGGCAACUCCUCCAUCCUGGCUGAUAAAAUAGCUUUGAAGCUGGUUGGACCUGAGGGCUUUGUAGUGACUGAGGCUGGUUUUGGUGCCGACAUCGGCAUGGAGAAGUUCUUCAACAUCAAGUGCCGCUACUCAGGCCUGAGGCCGCAGGUGGUGGUGUUAGUGGCGACUGUCCGAGCCCUGAAGAUGCAUGGAGGAGGAUCAAAAGUUACUGCUGGAAUGCCACUGCCAAAGGAAUAUGUUGAGGAGAACCUCGAGCUCCUGGAGAAGGGCUGCAGCAACAUGAGGAAGCAGAUAGAGAAUGCUCAGCACUUUGGUGUGCCUGUGGUGGUCGCUGUCAAUGCUUUCAAGACAGACACUGGGGCUGAGCUGGACUUGGUCUGCAGCAUGGCCAAAGCUGCUGGAGCGUUCGAUGCAGUGAUAUGCUCCCACUGGGCCGAGGGUGGAGCCGGGGCUCUGGCCCUGGGUCAGGCCGUCCAGAGAGCCUCCGGGGCCCCAAGCAACUUCAAGUUCCUUUAUGAUUUGGAGCUCCCCAUUGCUGACAAAAUUCGAAUGAUUGCCCAGAAGAUCUACGGUGCAGAUGAUAUUGAGCUUCUCCCAGAGGCCCAACACAAGGUGGAGCUCUACACCAAACAGGGUUUCGGCAAUCUGCCAAUCUGCAUGGCGAAGACGCACCUAUCGCUCUCGCAUGAGCCUGAGAAGAAGGGUGUGCCUACGGGGUUCAUCCUGCCAAUCCGAGACAUCCGAGCCAGUGUGGGCGCCGGCUUUCUGUUCCCACUGGUUGGCACGAUGCCUACAAUCCCCGGUCUUCCCACCAGGCCUUGUUUCUAUGACAUUGAUCUGGAUCCUGAGACUGAACAGGUCAACGGGCUCUUCUAAAACAGGGCUGUACGAUGUGAAUAGACGUGGCCCAGCCCUCCACUCUCCCCACUGAGCCUUACCGAAAUAGGAUGGACUAAUAACUGUGUCUCAAGCUGGUCUGCAGGUGUCUUUUUCUUUGUCUUUUUAAACAGACACUGACAUCUGUAAAUAAUUGAUUUGCUUUUCCCAGAGGGCUGCUGAUGAAUUAAUCAAAUCUCUCAAGUUUGACAAUCUGUGAUAGACAAGUGUCUCCAGAACUACCAAUAACUUAGUGGUGGCACAUCUGGAUUUGAGCAUUUACCACCUGUGUAUGUUUUUCGUACAUCAGGGGCUUCAGAAAAUCAUUUUUCUCAGUUUGACUGAUCUCAUUACUAAUAUCUGUCAAGUGUCCUGUGUUGCUGCACCAUAUUCUAAACGAAUAUUUCUAAUACUGUCUAAUAUUGCCGGACCAAUCUGCACUGCUGUGAAAGUGAAAUGUGGUAAAGUUGCAUUGCUGUCAGGAAAGAUCAAAUAAAGUCUUCUUGACGUUAAGACACA